UCCACUUCGCGGCUGGCCGGGCCUGCAGACGGGCCUCCUCCUUCAGCGCAACUUCCCUUCGGAGGAACCCGCCCAGGCCGCGCCAUUUGAGGGGACACCAUGGUUUGCGCCUCGCUGCUGGGGCUCCGGGCAGCAGCCGCUGCGCCUCGGCUCUUGCGGGCAGGAAGCAGCCGCUGUUGCCGCCGGUGGAGCAGCGAGACGUGCGCCCCGCAGCCGAGCCCUGUGCGGAUCGGCUGUGCCUCAGGCUUCUGGGGAGACACGGCGGCCUCAGUUCCUCAACUACUCUAUGGAGGCAAGCUGGAUUUCCUGGUUUUUGAUUACCUUUCUGAAAUUACAAUGUCUUUACUAGCUACAGCCAAAGCCAGAGCUCCAGAUUUGGGAUAUAUUCCUGAUUUUGUAUUAACUGCAGUGGCUCCUUAUAUAAAGGACAUACAGAGAAAAGGUAUCCGUAUCGUCAGCAAUGCUGGUGGGAUGAAUCCACAUUCAUGUGCCACUGCUCUCAAAAAAGUGGCAGAGAAGGCUGGUGUAGAUUUGAAGAUCGCUGUUGUUACUGGCGAUGAUUUGAUGGGAGAGUUAAGCAACAUUAAAAAAGCUCUACCAAAAGGAGAAGAUGGGAAGCGAUUUCCAGAGAAUAUCUGCAGCAUGAAUGCAUAUCUGGGCGCCAGACCAAUAAGUAGAGCUCUUGAUCUAGGAGCAGAUAUUGUGGUGACUGGAAGAUGUGUUGAUAGUAGCCUUGUACUGGGACCACUAAUUCAUUCUUUUGGCUGGAAUAAAGACGAGUUCAACCUCUUAGCAUCUGGAAGUCUUGCAGGUCACCUGAUUGAAUGUGGUGCUCAGUGCACAGGUGGAAUAUUUACCGACUGGCAUACUGUACAAGGCUGGCAUAACAUUGGUUUUCCCAUAGUGGAAUGUUCUUCUGAUGGAAGUUUUACUGUAUCCAAGCCACCAAACACAGGAGGCUUGUUGUCUUUUGGCACAGUGGCAGAACAGCUAGUAUAUGAAAUUGGCAAUCCUAAGGAGUAUCUCUUACCGGAUGUCAUAUGUGAUUUCUCGCAAGUUACUCUUACUGAAAUACCAGGUAUUGAAGGUGGUGCAGUGAAGGUUCAGGGAGCUAAAGGAUUACGUCCUUCAUCCUUUUACAAGGUAAAUGUCACCUACUUUGAUGGAUUCCGAGCCACAGGUUGCUGCCCAGUGGGAGGACCAAAAGCAAUAGAAAAGGGGAGAAGAGCUGCUGAAAGCAUUUUGAAAAGAACUCGUGUUAUGUUUGAUCAGCUGGGAUAUGAAGAUUACAGUGCAAUUAACCUACAGAUGUUAGGUUCUGAGGAAACCUAUGGACCACAUGCAAAACAGAAUAUAGAUGGAGGUCCUCGGGAAGCUGUUAUUUGGCUUGCUGUACUUCAUAAGCGGAAAGAGGCUGUGGAAAUCUUUUCCAGAGAAAUUGCUCCAGCUGGAACUGGAAUGGCACCUGGUUUCACUGGAAUUGUCGGAGGACGUCCUAAAGUAUCUCCAGUUCUGAAACCAUUUUUCUUCCUUUAUCCUAAAAAGAAUGUCAAGAUUAAUAUCUUUAUGAAUGGGCAGCAUGUUGAGACAUUUGAGGAAGAUCUUUCAUUCACUUCAGACAUAGCUGUUUCACAUGAUCAGCUUGAGAUUCAAGAAGAGUUAAAAGACCUACCAAAUGGUCCACAUACCUAUCGCCUGGAAGAUCUUGCCUAUACCAGGAGUGGGGACAAAGGGAACUCAGCAAACAUAGGUGUCAUAGCCCGGCAUCCCCUCUAUUAUCCUUAUCUGAAGAAAACAUUAACUGCUCAGACUAUAGAAGAUUAUUUCCAGCACCUUUUGGAGAAAGAACAGUCUGGAAAGAGCUUGGUCACAAGGUAUGUGCUCAUUAAUGUGCUCAUUCGUAUCAGUACAUUCCUGUGGUGCAGUUUGAAGAAACUGUUUGGAAUUCUUUGA